UGAUGCGACCCGCGCCAAAUAAGUUCAAUUUUUGUGAAGGGGAGUCUGAUUUUAUGUGAAUUUCAAGCUCCGUUUUUCAGCUCGAGACUUGACAGUGCUUAUAACUCUUCGCUAUGAGUACCUGCGAGGAUUCAGCCCUCCUUGCAAACUCCCAGGAAGAGGAUGCUGAUCAGACACUGGUCUCUGCGGACGGCAUCUCUGCAGGGACGUCAGGGGCUUGGGAUUCUGCAGACUCAUCUGCCCCAGACCUCUCCAGCAAAUCUGACAUAAGCAACAGCAAUAAAUCUGACACAGGAGACAGCAACAAGAAGUCGGACAUUAGCAACGGCAAUAACAAAUCAGACUUGGCCAAUAGCAAUCAGUCGCGUGAAAGCAACAGCAACAAGUCCAACAUAAGUAACGGGAACAGCAAGUCAGACCUCAGCAGCAGCAGUAAGUCGGAUGUAAACAACAGCAAAAAGCCAAACGUGAAUGCUGUUAACAAGCUGGGGAGCGGCAGCUUAGCCAAGAAGAAAGAUGCCACCAGUGUGAGCAACGAGAGGGUCAAGAAGAAACCCCCUAUGCGAGUGGUUCAAUCCCGCUUCAAGGCUGCAGCUGCGGCAAAGAACAACAGUGGGAACAGCAGCAACGGCAGCAGGAAUGGGUCAAACAACAGCAGCAGUCUCAACAGUCCUGGUAGUAGGAACAACUGUCUGAACACCACCCUUGUUGGUGGGUCCUCAACCAAUGUUGCCGGGAACAAGGGACCCACCAAAGGGAGACCAGUCAGAGCAUCCAUGGCACCAGCAGCAAGUGGGCCGAUCAGCCGCUCAACAGUAAACAUAGCAAAGGCAGGAGUCUUGCCCAGCCGUGCCACAAAUAAGUCUAGUCCACGUACGCAGGUCAGCCAGUCAGCAACUAAUCUUGCAAGCCAAGGGUCCACAGGAAUAACGAGGCCUUCAAAGCCCAUGGCUGCACGAGCUAACAAACACAAGCUGCAUUCCACAGUCCUCAAUGCCACAGUUCUCGCGGAUAAGACGCACAAGGAAGGAUCUGAUAAUGUUUUUAGCACAACACUGGUAGGUGGCAUGGCACCAGGUGGUCGUAACCUAGAUUUGACAUGCGCCACCUUGCCUGAGCUCCCUGACAUAUCUGCCAUUAGACUGGACAGUGUGGGCAGCGAGAACAGAAGUGGUGACACUACUGUUUUGUCGUCUAUCAGCGAGAAAGACUCCACUCAAGACAGUAAUAACUGCAGUAUACACGAAGUAACAGCAGAAGAACUGGAGUUGGAGUACCUGCGUUACAUGGAAUGGGCACAAGUGAAUCUCUGCAGCAAGAAUGUUUUCCUAGACCGGAUCAAGGAAGCUGAGACACAAAUAAUGUUCUUGGAGGUGCUGAUCAGUGAGAAACAGAAUGAGCUGAGUGAGCGCAGGCAGAUGACCGAAUUAGUUGCUCACCUCCAGCACGUCACAGAGGCCAGUCAGAGCCAGACAGAGUUACUUCAGAAUCUCAUCGAUGCCCUUCCAGCCAGUGAGGAAAGCAUGCAAACAAUGAGCAGAGACUUAGAAAAAUCUCUACACCAGGUUAAGGUGGAUAACCUCUAUGUACCCGAGAACCACAAACAGUACAGAGAUCACCUGUCAGAUGCCUUGACCGACCAAGUUUCCCUUUUGAGAAACUUGGAGAGCCUGUUAGAGACCCGCUCUAACCACCUUCAGUCAACCAUCAAUCUUCUGGGAGAUUUACAAAUUACAACAAAUCGCAUACAACAAUGUGAGAAUGAAGUCCACAAGGCCGCCAGACUGUCAGUCCAGGAAGCAUCACUGCAGAUCGGCGCGAAACAGACCCAAGGAAAAGGAACUUUAUCCCAUGAUGAGGAUAGCUUCAACUUGGUGAUUUCUGCUUAACAACCAAAACCCAUUAACAGAACUAGAUGUCAUGUCAAAAAAUCAGUUAGGGUGGUUAAGAAGGAGGAAUUCAGCCAUCAUUGUUGGUUAUGUACUCAUGUGUAUUGUUGUUGUCUUCUUCGUUUUCUGUUUCUUUUUAAUGUGAGGUGAUGCAUAACUGUUGCUGCUUUUAGAUGUGGAUGCCUUGCAUUUGACACAAUUUAAAAUAAUGUUUGUAAGCGCAUAUCUCUAUACAAUAGCUACAACAGAGUGAGUGAUAUCAUGCGAUCAGAUUUUGACCUGGUCUUUGUUAUGCUGAUACAAGAUUUAUCAUCUUGAAAAUAUUAACAGUGGCAGGAAAAUUCAAG